UCAUCAUCCGUAUAUUAAUAGGUUACUGUUUACUGAUGUUAGGUAAAUACGAGGAUGCAAUCACUUGGUUGGACAAAGCACUAGCUAUUGAUCCAAAACAUGUUGGUUCCUUAUGUAAUAAAGGUUAACUUCAUCAUCCUUAUAAUAAUAGGUGUAUGUUUAAGGAUGUUAAAUAAAUACGAUGAUGCAAUCACUUGGUUUGACAAAGCAUUAGCUAUUGAUCCAAAACAUAUUAUUUCCUUAAGUGAAAAAGGUAGAUUUCAUCAUACUUAUAUUUAAAGGUGUAUGUUUAAGGAUGUUAAAUAAAUACGAAGAUGCAAUCACUUGGUUGGACAAAGGUUUAGCGAUUGAUCCCAAACAUGUUGUUUGCUUAAGUAAUAAAGGUAGAUUUCAUCAAGAUAUUAAUAGGCGAAUGUUUAAGAUUAUUGAAGUAAUAUGACAAAUCCGAAAUAGUUAUACAUUAAGCUAUUACGCUCAAUCCUAACCACACAUAUAGUCUUGAUAGCCUUGGUAUGUGUUAAUUUAUAUUCAGGAAUCUGCUUACAAGAUUAGUAGAAAUACUAAGAAGCUCUGAUAUAUUAUGAAAGAAGUUUAAAGGUUUAAUCAAAUAAUUAAUGGACCAAAAAUUAAAAGGGUACUUGUUUUUUUGUCAACUUAGAAUUUUGUUAACAGAAAUUGAAAAAAUGA